AUGAGUGUACAGGUUACACAAUUAGGUAUGUUUCACACUGAGAUAUCGAUGAUGUCAGAUACCUUGGAUAAAAUGAAUAAGUUGUUAAAGCCAAAGCACCGUUUAAGUGGGAAGAGUUUAUACGUGCAAAAUGAAAAUCCUAUGCUUCUGGUAAUGGAGGAUCUCGCGCCUCUCGGCUUUCGCACAACCGAUUGUGUGGCUGGUCUUGACCUACGUCAUUCUGUAUUAGCGGUUCAUGGAAUAGCCAGGUUUCAUGCAGCCUCCGUAGCCAUAUGCGAGAAGGAAUCAAAGCAAAAAGAGAUGUAUUCUAAAGGAGUAUUUAACACCCCACAACCGGAAUUGUUAGAUUUUCUCAUUAUGAGCACUAAAAGUUUAGCAGACGAGAUUGCUAACUGGCCAGAAGUAAAAAAAUACUCGGAAAAAAUUGCUAAACUCACCGAUCACAUAUAUCAAAUAGGAGCAGAUGCAACCAAGCUCUCUGAGGAUGAAUUUAAUGUUAUUAAUCACGGCGAUUGUCACUUGAACAAUAUGUUGUUUAAAUAUGACAAUGAUGGCAAUCCUACUGAUCACAUUUUUGUGGACUUUCAACUAAGCGUUUACACAUCACCGGCAAUCGAUCUUCUAUAUUUUCUCGAUACAGGCCCUUCCCUGGAUGUCAUUGAAAACAAGAAAGAUAUUUUGUUAAGUGAAUACCUUGGCACGUUGUCGGUAACUAUGAGGCAACUGAACUGCAAGACGCAACCGCCCACCAUGGAGGAGCUAAAGGCUACCUUAAGGCAAAGGGCUGGUUAUGGAAUGAUA